AUGUCUACCUACAAGAAACCCCAGUCAGAGCCUAUAGCCAUUGUUGGCACAGGUUGUCGAUUCGCUGGCGACGUAACAUCAACAACAAAACUCUGGGAUCUUCUCACCAACCCCAGACAAUUAUCACAAGAGGUCCCGAGCAACCGGUUUAACGCCCAAGGCUUCUACCACCCAGACGGCGAAUACCAUGGAGCAACCAACGCAACACAGGGCUACUUUCUCGAGGAAGAUCACCGUGUAUGGGACGCAGGAUUCUUCAACAUCACACCCAAGGAGGCCGAGGCCAUCGACCCUCAACAACGCAUCAUCCUCGAAGUCGUCUACGAAGCCUUGGAAUCGGCCGGAUAUACACUCGAGAAAUACGCUGGCAAGAAGGUUGCCGUAUACGCAGGGCUCAUGACAGCAGACUACGACUCAUUAUGCCAAAGAGACGACAUUACAUCGAAUCAAUACUUCGCAACAGGCAACUCACGGGCUAUUCUCUCUAACCGAAUCUCAUAUUUCUUCAACUUCCGUGGUCCCUCGAUGACCAUUGAUACAGCAUGCUCAUCAAGUCUCGUCGCUCUUCACCAGGCCGUCUUGAGUCUCCGGUCCGGUGAGUGCGAGAUGGCCUGUGUCGCCGGUGCCAACUUGAUGAUCACCCCCGAGCAAUUCAUCAGCGAGGCCAGUCUGCAUAUGCUCAGCCCUACAGGCACAUCAAAGAUGUGGGAUGUGAGUGCAGACGGAUACGCCCGCGGUGAAGGCUUUGCGGCUCUGUUCAUCAAGCCACUGUCUCAGGCUUUGAGAGACGGCGACUCCAUCAUCAGCAUCGUGAGAGAGACUGGUGUGAACUCGGACGGACGCACUCAGGGUAUCACCAUGCCCAGCCCCCUCGCCCAAGCCGAGUUGAUUCGGGACACGUACCGUAGAUCCGGCCUGGACUCACAGAAUCCCAGUGAUAGACCCCAAUACUUCGAAGCUCACGGAACUGGCACCCAGGCCGGAGAUCCCAGGGAGGCCGAGGCCAUUUCAACGGCAUUCUUCGGCAACGAGGCCAAGACUACUGCCGAGAGUGACGAUACGAAGCUUGUAGUCGGAUCCAUCAAGACGGUCAUCGGCCACACGGAAGGCGCCGCGGGUCUAGCUGGCCUACUUAAGGUGGCCCACUCCAUGAUCAACAACUGCAUUCCACCCAACCUGCAUCUCAACACCCUCAACCCUAGCGUGAAGCCGUUCUACGGACACCUCCGAAUCCCUGUCGAUAUCGUCCCUUGGCCCCAGGCCCCGACUGGACAGCCCCUCCGAGGAAGCGUCAACUCUUUCGGCUUCGGCGGCACCAACUCCCAUGCCAUCCUCGAGAAGUACGAGCCUAGCAUCCACGAUGAAGUCGCGAAGCACUUCGCUCCAGCACUGGAGGCACCAGUCUCGUCGCUCACCACCACACCCUAUGACGCCGAAGCUCCCGCUGUCGGCCUUCCUCUAGUCAUCUCUGCCAAGUCACAGAAGUCUCUUGUUGCUGUGGCCCAGGCCCUUCGUGACUUCAUGGCGUCGACUGACAAGUCGGCCGACGAGGUCGCUUACAACCUGUACGCCCAUCGUUCGGCCCUGACCUACCGCACCGCCAUCAGCGCGGACUCCCGCGAUGGAGUCAUUGCCGCCCUCGACAACCUUCUCUCCAAAGCUGGGUCUCCUUCCAACCCUGAGCUUGGUGUUCGCGCCAAGCUCGACGGCGGCGAAGUCAAGAUUCUCGGUAUCUUCACUGGUCAGGGAGCGCAGUGGUCCGGCAUGGGCCGUAAGCUCUUCCACUCCAGCAGCGUCUAUAGGAACACCAUUGAGAACCUCGAGAAGGUUCUCAAGUCUUGCCCCCACCCGCCCACGUGGUCCCUCGUUGAGGAGCUCAUCCAUCAGGAUGAUGCCUCCCGCAUCAACAUUGCCGCACUCUCCCAGCCCCUUUGCACUGCGGUGCAGAUUGCUCUCAUCGACCUACUUGGCAGUAUCAAUGUCUCCUUCCACACUGUUGUCGGCCACUCAUCCGGCGAGAUCAGUGCUGCCUAUGCCGCCGGCGUGCUUAGCGCUCGCGAUGCCAUGCUCAUCUCCUACUACAGGGGUAUGUCUGCUCACCUUGCCGGCGGCAAGGAUGGCCAGAAGGGCAUGAUGAUGGCUGUCGGUAUGACCCGCGCUGAGGCGUCGGCUCUCUGCGUCCGGGACGACAUCAAGGGUCGUAUCUGGGUCGCUGCCAGCAAUGCGCCGACCAGUGUUACUCUCUCUGGAGAUGUGGACGCGGUCAAGGCGCUUCAGGUUGAGUUGACUGAGGAGAAGAAGUUCGCUCGUCUUCUCGUCGUCGACACUGCUUACCACUCUGCUCACAUGGAGAGACCGGCGGCUCAGUACAUGGAAGACUUGGCUGGUUGCGGCAUUGAGCCGAGACAGCGCAAUUCGACCGUCUGGAUCUCCAGUGUGUAUGCUGAUGGCACAGAGCCAAGCAUCGAGGAGCUCAAGGGCCCUUACUGGAAGGAUAACAUGGUCAAGGCCGUCUCCUUCUACGAGGCCAUUGAUCUUGCUCUCAGCUCCCAGGGUCCCUUUGCCAGUGCCGUCGAGGUCGGUCCUCACCCCGCGCUCAAGGGUCCCGUCCAGCAGACCGUCAAAGCUGCCACUGGUGGCGCUCUGUCGUAUGCCGGCCUGCUUGACCGCAAGAAGGACGACAGACACGCCUUCGCCGAGUUCCUGGGCUUCACCUGGAACUACUUUGGCACCGACGCCAUCGACUGGAAGCUUCUCGUUGCACAGUCUUCCCAGCCUGGUCUCUUGUCUUCGAGAAUCGAGCUGCCUUCCUAUCCCUGGGACCACAGCCAAAUGCAUUUUCGUGAGUCUCGCAUCGCCCACCAGUAUCAGUUCCGUGAGAAGGGACCUCAUGAGCUUCUCGGUGUCCGUACUCGCGAUGACACGGAGUUUGAGCUGAGAUGGCGCAACAUCCUUAAGCUUGAGACUGUCCCUUGGAUCCAGCACCACAAGUUCCAGGGCCAGGCUCUGCUUCCUGCCUCUGCCUACUGCGUGCUUGCACUGGAUGCUGCAAAGGCUGUUCUCAAUGGCCAUGAGGCUUCGGUUGUUGAGCUCACGGAUCUCGAGUUCAUGAGUGGUAUCUCCCUGGAGGCCAAUACUUACGGUGUCGAAAUCUUGGUGUCAUUGAGCAUCGCGCCCCCUUCCACCAAGGGCCGCUUGGCUGGCAAGAUUAUUGAGGGUGUCUUCACCAUCACAUCAUGCUACGCUGAUGGUGUCACUCCUAUGCAGAAGAACUUCACUGGUAACCUUCGCAUCUACCUCGGCGAGCCAUCAGAAGAUGCCCUCCCCACACGCGAUCCCUCAAUGGCUGAAACUCUUCCUGCCGACACCGACUCCUUCUAUCAGAUGAUGUUGGACAUCGGCUUGGAUUACACUGGCCCCUUCCGCGCUCUGCAAAGCAUUGAUCGCAGAUACAACUUCUGCUCGGCUACGCUCCAGAAGUUCCACAACACCGAUACUACUGGACUCGGCGUCAGCCCUGCCACCCUGGACAGCUGCUUCCACUCCGUCUUUGCCGCUGUGGCUUCGCCCGGUGACAAGUCUCUCUGGACUUCUUUCCUCCCCAGGAGCAUUGAGAAGAUUCGCUUCAAUCUCGCGCUCUGCGAUGGCAAGCCUGCAGACAAUGCAUCCCUCGUUGUCGACUCGGUCAUCACCCAGGAGAUUCCUCGCACCAAGACCGCGACGACAAAGUUUGUGGGUGACAUGAGCAUCUACAACCCCGAUGGCGAGAUGGAGAUCCAGGUUGAGGGCCUCAUGGUUGCUUCCUUUGCCAACUCCAAGCCCGAGGAUGACAAGGAACUCUAUCUCACCACCGUGUGCGACCUGGACCCUGAGCACGAGAUCAUUGCUGCCGACCUUAGCCAAGAGGACGUUGCUACGGAGCGCAUCUUGCUCGAGGCCUGCGAGAGAGUCGCGCGCUUCUACAUCCACGACGACUCGCUCAAGGAACUCUCGUCGUCGCCCAAUUUCUUCACCCCGCCGGCCACUCCCAUGUCGCCUCCCAAGGCUAGACCGUCCGAGGCUGCUCUCAGCCCUUGGCAACAGGACACUGCCGAGACACUAGAUGCAUACAUCCUGCAGUCUCCCUUCCAGCACGCCCUCAGCUUCAUCCGGCUGCUCGGUGAAAACAUCCCCGAUGUGCUCCCUGCGAUGCUCUCGACCAUCAUCCAGGAAGCCAAGCAGCUUCAUCGCUUCCGCUCCCAUGUCAGCCGUGUCGUCUCCCAGCUCGCUCACCGAUACCCUCGCAUGCGAGUGCUUGGUUUGACUGACCCUGAGACCGCGCUCACAAAGCACGUCAUUGACGGCUUCAAGGGCUCAUUCGUUUCCUACACGUUGGGCAACGAGACUGAGCCGGACCUGAUGGCAAGAUUCUCAUCCGAUGCGAUCAAGAAAAAAAUUGACACCGAGCACACCAAAAUCCUUGACAACGAAGACAACUCAUCUCUCCAGCCGUUUGACAUGGUCGUUCUGACAACCUCGAUUGUCAAGGGUGCUGAGCAGCGUUCCAAGCUCAAGCAGGUCCAGAGCCUCAUGAAGCCUGGUGGUUUCCUCAUCCUCAUCCAUGAGUCGAUGAGCCCCCUUCGUGACAGACUUCGUCGUGCUUUUGGAGUGAGGAGGCAGGCUGAUCUGCCGCUUACUCCUCCCGAGUGGCCUGACCUUCUCGACGAGUGCGGCUUUGCGCGCGUCUCCAAGAAUGCCGAGCAAUUCUUCGCUCCUGACUUCUCCCUCAUCGUCAGACAGGCCGAGUCGGACAUCAAGCAGGCUGCUCUGAGCCCCCUCAACAGCUCUGCUCCCAAGGUUACGGGCCACACCCUCAUCAUCGGUGCCCAGGAGAACACGGCCGACCUGUCUGCCGAGGUGCAUCAGAAGCUGGACCCGUUGUGCAGCAGCAUUGACAUCAUCGCCGACUUGGACUCUCUUCAGCCUGCCAUCUUUAACGAGAUCAGCUCCGUCAUCUUCCUUGCGGAUUUGGAUGAGCCCAUGAUGAGUUCCAUGACGCCCGAGCGUCUUGAUCUAUUCCGUGCCCUGAUGGCGCCUGAGAAGGUUGUCCUCUGGGUCACCAUGAACUCGCGCGCUGGCAACCCUGAGCACGCGGCCACUUUCGGCUUCUGUCGCUCCAUGCUUGCUGAGAUCCCCAGCCUGAAGCUGCAGAUGCUCGACCUCGACUCCCGUCGGGACUCGAGCGACCUCGUCGCCGAGACCUUCCUCCGUCUCAGCAUGAAGACGCUGCGCAGCGCUGCUCAGGAUGGCAAGUUGCUGUGGUCUCACGAGAAUGAGAUCUUCAUGGAACACGGCAAGAGGCUCAUCCCUCGUCUUCUUCCCUGGAAGGAAGGUAAUGAUCGUGUCAACUGCCCUCGCCGCCUUGUCGCUGACGAGGUCAACACUCUGAAGCAAUGCGUCGAGGUUAUCUCUACACAGUCUGGCGAUGGCUCUGCCGUCUACACUGCCAACAUCGUCGAGGAGACCGACAUUGAUGACGCCGUGGCAAUUCCCGACCAGAGCGUCAUCCAAGUCAAGUACAGCUCAGUCGAAGUCAUCAACUUUGGACUCAAGUACGCCUCUCAUAUCUGCAUUGGCAAGGAGGUCACAUCAGGCGAGCUGUGCCUUGCUAUGACCAAGUCGAACUCGUCCUACGUCACCGUUCCCAACUCUUGCGUCUUCCAGCUCAGCAGUAGCAACAUUGAGCCCAAGCUUCUCCUGGGUCUCGUCCUGAGAUACCUUGUGGCCCUGUCCGUCGCCGAAGACAUGAUGGAGCAAACUGUGCUUCUCCUAGAGCCCGAUGCCGCUCUCUUGGAGUGCAUGAAGGAGGUCUUUGAGGCAAAGGGUGCGAGUGUCAUUGCUUGCACCACAAACGGAUCAAAGCGCAAGUCCUUUGAUCAACGCUAUAUUCACCCUUACGCCAGCAACCGCGAGCUCAAGGCACUCUUCCCUGCCCAUGGUGCUUCCGUCAUUGACUUCCUGCCCGAGGGCAGUGAGCUAUCCGAGACCAUCCUUGACUGCCUUCCCGAGAACUGCGAGUACCACUCUCGCUUCUCUCUGCUGACCUCGGAGCACGUUGUCGCCCUCGGUGACUCCAUGGACAUUGAGCACCUCUGGGAGACAGCCAUCGGAAAGGCAAUCACCAACGUCAGAAGCAUGAACAGCCGCAUCGGCUUCCCGGCUCUGGAAUCCAUCUCCGUCCCUCAGCUCCUCGACCACACCGGCGGCAGCGAGCCCUUCCAGAUCCUCGACUGGCGCGCUGAGCGCGAGGUGCAGCACAUUGCCAAGCCCCUCUUUGGCACGCAGCUCCUCCGCCCGUACAAGACCUACGUCCUCGUCGGCUUGACACGCGACAUGGGUCAGAGUCUGUGCAACCUCUUCUUCGAGCACGGCGCGCGCCACGUCGUCCUCGCCAGCCGCAACCCCAAUAUGCAGCCUCAGUGGAUCGACGACCUUAGCGCCAAGGGGUGCGAGGUACGCAUCGAGAGGCUCGAUGUCACCAGCAUCGAGAGCGUGCGGGCGUUCAAGCAAAGGCUGGCACAGGAGAUGCCGCCUGUUGCUGGUGUCAUCAAUGGCGCCAUGGUUCUCGACGACCGCGUGUUCGCGCAGAUGGAUGUCGAGACCUGGAACAGGGUUAUGCGUCCUAAGACUGUUGGAUCAAGCAACCUUGAUGAGAUCUUCUGCGAGGCUGACAUGGAGUUCUUCAUCAUGACUUCGUCGUUCGCGGCGCCUGGUGGCCACGGCGGACAAUCCAACUACGCGGCAGCCAAUAUGUACAUGAACGGCCUCGCCGCCAACCGUCGCAUCCGCGGCCUGGCUGGCUCGGUCCUCAAUAUUGGUGUUAUCUACGGCCUCGGUCUCCUCCAUCGCGAGCGCACUGACAUCUACGCGUUCCUAGAGAAGGAUGGCUACCCGCCCAUCUCGGAGCGCGACAUCCACCACAUGUUCCUCGAGGCCAUCGUCGCGGGCCGCCCCCUCGACGGCCAGAUCUACGACAUCACGACUGGUCUCAGCCGGUACAACGCCAACCGCGAGGAUAAGCUGCACUGGCAGAUUGACCCACGCUUCUCGCACUUCACCUUUGAAGAGGAUGAUGAGGGCGCCGAGGGUGAGGGCCAGGGCAAGCAGAGUCUCAAGGAGAAGAUCAAGGCCGUCGAGGGCGGUGCCGAAGAAAUUGCGGCCGUACUAACCGAGGGCUUUGCGCGGUACCUCGAGGUCGUACUCGGACAGGGCGAGGGCAGCGUCAAGGGGGAGCACAGCGUAGGCGAGCUGGGUAUGGACUCGCUUGUUGCUGUGGAGGUGAGGGGAUGGUUUUGGAAGGUGAUUGAGCGGGAUGUUUCUGUAAUGAAGAUCCUGGGCAGCGCGAGUGUUGCAAAGUUGUGUCUUGAGGUUGCCGACGGCUACAUCAAGGAGAAGAACAAGGCAUAA